UACCCACCUUCAGCUUACUUUUCUAUUGUAAAUAGGACCCUGUGUAGUAUAGGAUAGUACUGUCGAUGACUCUACGUACUCUAUAGUAUAGCUAACGUUCACCCCCGAACGAGAUUCACCCACCUCCGGGAAUUGGUGGAGUGUUUCGCGAGCAGAUUUGGUCACGCUUAGAAGAAUGUAGACUAGCGGAUCGGCCCCCGAAAUCCUCACCAAUCCUCGGAAGUGGGUGAAUCUCGUUCGGGGGUGAACGACGUUAGAGGAGAUUAAAGUGCGAUUGGAGCGGCUCCGGCUGGUGAUUGCACCGCAGGCAAGGGUAAAAUCCUUGUUACUUAUGUAUGUAGGGGGCUCUGGGCUCUGUCCUUUUCCAUGCCAGUGAGUCUGCAAUGGACCAAGAGGCUCGCUCCUUUAUACACAACACCAUAUCCUUUGACGUGUGGCUCUGGCUGACGGCGGACGUAUCGUAUGCGCGUGGUCUAUGUCACGAUGGCUGCGCAUACGGACCCUCUUCAGGUCCCCUUUUCACGCGAUACUGGGGACAGCAACACGCAGAUAGUGCAAGUCGCCGAGCUAGAAGUCCACAGUCUCUUUGCCAGUCUAAUCAGUCCCAGGCUCGAAGAGUACCCCACCCGAGCAUGCUCUCCCGGCGACAGCAAGGCAGACUCUUCUCGAGGAGCGGACACGAACACGAGUCGUAGCGCGAGAUCGACACACCUUGAGGCGACGAACACGCGGACCUUGCAUCUCAGUUCACUGGCUCGCUCGGCCAUAUCUGCAUGGUCACGAAUAAACUCCGUGUCUGUGAUGAUAUGGGUGGCUUCAUUAGGCUCAUUCAUUCUGGUCCUCAACCUUGUUUUCCUCCUCGUGGUUCUAUUCGCAGGUCCGAGAGGCGCAGACGGAUUUCGAGCUUUAACAACCAUCCAGCUGUACAGCUGCCUCGCGUUGGUUCCAGGGCCUGCAAUACAUCAUCAACAUAUUCGCCAUGGCUCUCCUCGGCGCUUCGAAUUACUGCAUGCAGCGCUUGAACGCCUGUACUCGGAGCGAGAUAGAUCUGGCCCACCGCAGAGGAUUGUGGGUGGAAAUUGGGGGUUCAAGCAUACGAAAUAUACGGUUCAUGCCUUGGGAACGAAUUCUGCUAUGGCGCAUCCUGGGAGCCAGCAGUCUGCCAAUCCAUCUCCUAUGUGCCACUCUCUCCCUCUACGUCAGCCCCACCUACAUCGCGGUUUCUAUACUGACCUAGGGAGCUAGGUAUAAUUCCGUCGUGUUCGAAACCACAGGCGCUAACCUCUAUCGCACUGCCGCUGUCUCUUCGCACUUUAUAGACUCGGCCAACCGGACAUUGCCCAUACCUGCUGAUUUGAAUUAUCCGGAUUGGGGCGACAUUGACCUAACCAAGUACAAGAACAUCUCGAAUCGCCA